GGAAAUGAUGGGGCAGCAGGGCUAAGAGAAGCCUAAGAUGUGUCCUGGAGAAUGAACACUCCUGAAGGAGCCAGGUUCAGCCUCAGCCUCACUUUUGAAGUUCCUAAAUCACUGUUUACCACCAGCAAGGGAAAUUGAGCCACCUCACUCCACCCCUGGGCGAUGCUGUAACCGCCUUGCCUCGCCCCGCCCCAUCCUCCAGUGCACUGCCAGUUCGAGGACCCCCUCGGUGUCCAAGGCUUUUCGGACCCCUCAGCCUUAAUCCUCUGGUGCCCCAGAGACAUCAUCAAGGCUGCCCUCUUCUCCUCCAUCACUCUUUCCUUUCCUCUAACUCCAAGAGCCUGGCCUGAGCCAGGGUCAUGUGGCUGCGAGAGCGCCCUAUCCUUACCCUGCUCCUGCUACUACUGCUGUGGUUCCCAGCCUCAGCCCGAGCGCCGGAGCCCUCCGCCCAGGACGUCAGUCUGAGCGUGGACUGGCUCACUCGCUAUGGAUACCUGCCUCCACCCGACCCUGCUCAGGCUCAGCUGCAGAGCCCAGAACAGCUUCGGGACGCAAUUAAAAUCAUGCAGAGGUUUGCUGGGUUGAAGGAGACCGGCCUCAUGGAUGAGGCCACGUUGGCCACCAUGAAGAAGCCACGAUGUUCUCUGCCUGAUGUUCUGGGAGUGGCUGGGUUAGUAAGAAGGAGACGGUAUGCCCUUACAGGCAGCUUCUGGAAGAAGAAGCAGCUGUUCUGGAGGGUUCAAUCCUUCCCACAGGGCUCUGCCCUCAGACAAGAGACUGUUCGGAACCUGAUGCACUAUGCCCUGGCUGCCUGGGGAACUGAGGUGGGGAUGACAUUCCAGGAGGCUGAGCCCAGGGUAGGAACAGAGCCGGAACUGCUCAUCGACUUCGCUAGAGCCUAUCACAAGGACAGCUACCCCUUUGAUGGGCCUGGGGGCACAUUAGCCCAUGCCUUCUUUCCUGGGGACCACCCCAUUUCUGGGAAUACCCACUUUGAUGAUGAGGAAGUCUGGACCUUGGGGAAAGCGGACCGUGGUGGGACAGACCUGUUUGCUGUAGCUGUCCAUGAGUUUGGCCAUGCCUUGGGCCUGGCCCACUCCUCCGCCCCCAACUCCAUCAUGCGGCCUUUCUACCAGGGCCCAGCUGGGGACCCUGUGAAGUACCGGCUUCCACCUGAUGACCGAGAAGGGAUCCAGCAGCUUUAUGGAAAAGCUCCAAAUAGCCCCAACCCAGAGCCAACUCGGAAACCUCUGAUACCUCCACCCCAACCCCCUGGGCAGCCCCCAGACAAUCCUUCGGCCCCAGUUCCUGACCGAUGUUCUGGUAACUUUGAUGCUAUCGCCAACAUCCGUGGUGAGGUCUUCUUCUUUAAAGGACCCUGGUUCUGGCGCCUCCAGCCCUCAGGCCAGCUGGUGUCCCCUCGACCUGCGAAGCUGCAUCGCUUCUGGGAGGGGCUGCCUGAGCAUGUGAUGACCGUGGAUGCAGCCUAUUCUCGGCCCUCAGAUGGACGCAUCCUGCUUUUUAGUGGACACCAGUUCUGGGUGUUUCAGGACCGGCAGCUGGAGGCUGGUUCCCCAAAGUUGCUGACUGAACUGGAGGCUGUGGAUGCCGUUUUCUCUUGGCCCCAUAAUGGGAAGACGUACCUGAUUCGAGGUGAACAAUACUGGCGUUUUGAUGAGACCGUCCACAGCGUUGACCCAGGCUACCCUAAGAGGCUGAACCUGUGGGAGGGAGCACCUUCAGCACCUGAUGAUGUGACUAUUGGUAACAAAGGUGACACCUACUUCUUCAAGGGUACUGAGUACUGGCGAUUUCCUCCAAGCAGCGUGGUGGCAGAGCCUGGCUCCCCCCACCCCAUGGGGCCUGAGUGGUUGGACUGCCCUCGUUCUGCCCCAGGCCCUCCGGCCCCAAGACCUUCCAAGUCUCCCCCCAACUGUCUGUGUGACAUCAACCAGGCAGGGAGCUCAGGACCAAGACUUCCUGGUUUCCUCUUCAUCUUCUCUGUGAUUCUCUCCCUCUUCUUGGGUACAACCACCUGGCCCUAAGAACUGGGGCUGGGGCCAGUAGCUGUCCGCCCCGCCCCAACUUUCCCCUCCUCCUCUCUCUUGCCAUAGGGAUAAGUCCUGUGUCUGUCCCUCUCUUUUACUGCCCUUCCCAGUACACAGGGCAGGCUAGGCAAGUCACUUCCCCUUUCUGGGCCUCAGUUUCUCCACUUGAAAAAAUGAGGGACUUGGAUUUAAUGGCCUCUAAGGUCCCUUCUAGUUCUAAAUCUAGGAUCCCAUGAAUAGAUGAGCUCUGAUGUCCUCUGGCUCUCAAGAGUUAAUAAGAGGGGGCAGCUAGGUGGCACAGUGGAUAGAGCACCAGCCCUGAAGUCAGGAGGACCUGAG